AUGUAUUCUCAAAAGAGAGAAAAACCGAUAUAUGGCUCGUUCGACAACAGAGAAGUCAUCGAUAAGGUGAUAGUAAAUUCUGGAAUACAAUUAUCACAAAAGGUACCCUACAAUAUUGGCUUUCCACCGCUGCUAAGAGGUAUCAAAAAAGAAAAAGGAACGAUAAAUCACUCAGGAUCAAAAUCAUUAACACCAACAAACACAUCAAUAUCAACAAAUAAUCACUCAGUACAUCCUUCCAUACAAAAUCAACCUUUUAAUGACCACAAAGAUUUAAUAUCAUCACUAUCGAAUUUAGAUCGUCCUACUUUACCAGCCAAAUCUGAAAUAACAUCAGGAUCAAUCAAAACCGAUAAUAGACAAUCAUCAUUAUCAUUAUCUACUAAUUCAAUUGAAAAUCUCCCUCAAAGAAAUGAUACUGUAAAGGGCAUUCCCAAUUUAAAUGGCAUAGAUGGAGGGACGAAACACUCGAUAACGCAUAACAAUCUAAAGACGAACGGAUUGUUGGAUGUUCACUCAACAACCAUCCCGGUAGCAAUAACCAACAAAAAUUUACAUACAACUAACAACAGCUUUCCUCCACUUGGUGAUACAACCACAAGCAAUGACCAUACUGGAAAAACUCAAUCGAACAUUAAUCGUCCAAUUAAUGGACAGAUGGAUCAAAAGAAUACUUCAACAAAUAGUGAAGCAUCACAAAUUUCACCAUCAGAUCAAUCGUGUGGUCAAAGCCCAACGUCCCCAUUGAAUAAUACGGAUAGCAGCUAUGAUAACAGCAAUAAUAACGCGUCUUCCGUUAACACUGCUGUUAAAAAUAUCAAUACAACUGUAGAUGGCACCCAGACACAAUUGCACACGAAAGGUAUAAACAAUAACACAUCUUUGAAUAAACCUAUGACGCGUUGGGCGGAUUUAUUACGUAAUAAUCCAGAAACCGCCGUAACGAACCCGACUACACCUCUCAAGCCUGUAAUGAAGCCGCCUAAUUCUAACAAACAAGAAAAACAGACCGCACCUAUACCGAAUGGAAAGCCGGUUGUAGGCGGGCUUGCUGGAAUCUUGACAAAUUAUGAACCGUCGUUUCAAAGAAUCUCUCUUAAACCUCGCGGGUUAGUAAACAACGGUAAUAUGUGUUUCAUGAAUGCGACACUUUCCUAUUGUCCUCCAUUUUAUAAUCUACUAUCGCGUAUUUCAAAAGAAGUGGCUCAUAGCUUCAAAAGCAGGACGCCUUUGAUUGAUUCAUUGGUAAUGUUUAUAAAUGAGUAUAAACAAUCCAAAACUGAUGAAGCAGAAGAAUUCGGUGAGCAUAUUUUACCUGACUAUGUCUACGACGCCUUACGGGGUCUCAAGCGAUUUGAUUCUAUGAAGGGUCGACAGGAGGAUGCUGAGGAGUUUCUAGGUUUUUUGCUUGAUGGUUUACAUGAAGAAUUUUUAAGAGUCUAUAAACCUAGUAGGGCAACCAAUGGACAAGUUGAUUCUCAUGAUAAAGGAAUGUUGUCAAAAGAUGACUCCGAGGAUAUUUGGAUGGAAGUCGGGCCGAGAAAUAAAACGAGUUACACCAGAACGACUGAUGUCGAGGAAUCACCGAUCAGUCUCAUCUUCGGUGGUCAAUUUCGUUCCGUGCUUCAAUGUCCAGGUAGCAAUGACUCGAUAACCCGUCAACCUUAUCAAUCACUACAGCUGGAUAUUCAGCCUGAUGAUGUAAAGACCAUUGGAGAUGCUCUGAAAAAUCUUACAGCUCCUGAGAACGUCGAGUUCAAAUCAGCAAAAAAGGGUUUGGCCCGUGCAACGAAGCGGUUGUUUAUUGAAAAGCUUCCUCCAAUUCUUACACUUCACCUGAAAAGAUUUUUAUAUGAUAACGUAGGUGGCACGCAAAAAUUGAGUAAGCAUGUUGGCUAUUCGACGACCCUAUCUAUCCCGCCAGAGUUGAUAGCUCCCGGGAGGCGCCCGAGCAACGCGGUGGAUUAUCAGCUCUUUGGUGUUGUAUAUCAUCACGGAAAAUCUGCCACUGGUGGACAUUAUACAGCCGAUAUUCUUCGUGACGAAAAUGAAUGGCUUCACAUAGAUGAUACUACAAUAUCUCCGAUUUCAGCAGAUGAGGUCACCAU